AAAGCGAGAUCAGUGUCUCGUGGAGGACCGAAGGAAUCACGUGCAUAAGAAAGAACGUCUUUUUUCAAUGUGAUUUUGACACGAAUUUUCCUUGAACAUUUUCGAACCAUUUUACAUUUGUAACGCGCGUGUAAUUGUUCUUGAGAGAUGCUACUUCUUGUUUGGAUACUCUGUAUGACAGGAGUUCAAGCUGCGACAAACCGCGACGGUCAUCCAACUACAGUACAAACUUACGAGAACAAGACUGUCUUGCUGCCUUGCUACGUGGAAGACGCGCAAACUAGGGUGAGAUGGUGGCGAGAUGAGAUCCUUCUGGCUGAAAGCAGCUUCGGGCAAGAACAGCAAUCGUCCGAACGAAUCACCCUGUAUAGCAACGGCAGUCUGCGGGUCCACCACGUCCAACGGGAGGAUAGCGGGCCGUAUGUGUGCCAGGCAAUCCGACCAUCUCCGUGGGGACACGUCACGCAAGUACACGAGAUCGAAGUGAUGUAUCCAUCCAGCGUGGAGACGGUACCGGAGCGCGGCGAGCUGGAGGUCGAUCUAAACGAGGAAGUGAUAAUGCAAUGCGUGGCGAAGGGUGUACCGGCCCCCGUCAUAAGUUGGAGGACGAAGGGCAGGGAAAUUCCAUUCAGGGACACUCGAGCGGUCCUGAGAUUUUCCGCCGACAACCGAAAUCUUUCCGGCAGGUAUAUCUGUGUCGCCAAUAACGGAAUCGGCGAACCGGCGGAGGCGCAUAUAGACCUACGUAUCAGAUAUAAGCCGGAGAUCUACGUGAAGAAACCAUGGGUGCAUGCGAAUCCGGGGAUACGAAUAACUCUGGAUUGCACAGUGUCCGCUUGGCCCGAGGCGAAGGUUGAAUGGUAUUUCAACAACAAGACGAUAAACUACACGUCGCGGAUAGUGAAAUAUAGCACCGAGAACAAUUACAGUCUAUUGAUAAAAUACGUAAUGUCAAAUGAUUCCGGUUCCUACACAUGCAGAGCUUCAAAUUCCAUGGGAAUCACCGAGAAGAUCAUCGAAUUAUCGCAGAUCGCGAAUCCGGCAGUGUUCCAAAAAGAAUCUUGCAGCGCAUCUAGCACGUCGUAUAACUUUAUCUGGUUCGCCGACAGUUACAGUCCUAUCAUCCAAUAUCAGUUUUGGUUUCGCAGAUACAAGGUGAGAAUUCAACAGAUUUUUAUGGAUCGCGCUUUUGUGCCCUUUAAAAAUCGAUUUCAGCGUGAUCGAAGAUUUUUACGGAUCUAUUUUUUAAUACGUCGUAGAACUGGCGGCGGUGACAUCAGCCCGAUGCAUGUUCGCUCCUUCAAUCUGACAGGGUUGGACGCGGCAACCUAUUACGAGGCGGUCGUUUUGUCCAGAAAUCGUUACGGAUGGAGUCAUCCUUCGGAGAUACUGCGCUUUCACACCGAAGGAGCUCCUGUCGAUUCCAGCGAAAAUUCCGAGAUGGAUGAUGAUCAAGAACAGAACAGGAUAGCAGUCAUACAGCUGCCUUCAAUGUCGCAGCAUUAUCUUCUGACAACGGAUGCAAGCGGAUCGAUUUAUAAUCAAUCGCAAGUCUUAUCGUUGAUAUUAAGUACGCUAUGUAUUUUAAUCAUAACACGCGAUAGAUUUAACUAAUGUUGUAUAAAAUGCGAAGAAUAUAAAGUAGAUUGUUGUAAUUUAUACGUA